CGGUGUGCCGUGCUUCGAUACGUUCUGUGAAAAGUACCGGAAUCAUGGAAGCGUGGACACUUACAGUUGUGCUAAUCCUUAUCGGUACUAGUUUGACGUGCGCCGAUAGUGACUUAGAAACGGAUUUCCGAGUGCUAAGCAAACAAGUGACUGCGCUUUUGGAUAUGAGAAUGGAAGAUAUGAAAACCAUUGAGCAGCAUAUUUUGAAGGCGAUUUUUGACACUCCGGAGAUUAUCGAUAUUCGAAAUGAGAUCAAAAGUUUGAGAUCUGAAGUGAAACGCGUGACCUCCGGAAAAGUUCCAAAACCUCAAACGGAGAAAAACGACGUCAUUACGAUGAAAUGGCUCUACAAUACAAUGGCCGAACUCAAGACGGAAGUUACGGAACUCCAAAACUCCCUCAAUUCGUCGGUCAUCUUGGAAAACCACGAACGUGCCGAAACCGAACUUACGUUACUGAAAAGCGACGUUGCAAACAUAAACGCAGAACUAGAGAAUGAGAGAAGAAAAAACGCGAAAAGCGAAGCAGAUUUACAAAUACUGAAUGAAGAAUUCAAAGCUGCCAAGGACAAUUGGAGGAGUACGGCGGUUAUGUGCGGGAAGAUGAAAAACCAGUUUAAAGCCACACAACUGGAGUGGAAUCAAAACUGGAGAAUUCUUAACGAAAGGAGUCCAUCUUUGGAGAAUGAAAUAAUAGCACAUCCUUCCAGGCAUCAAAGAGUGCUAAAACAACAUAUCAUUCGUCUUGAAAAAAGUUCAAAAACGUUACACAAAGAAAACUACUUCCUCAAAUCCAAACUACUCAAGAUGGAAGAUGAAAUUCGUAACAUACAAAAGAAGCUGAAAUAUAAUGACAACGUCGAGUUGUCAGUAGCCAAGAAAGAAGAAAACCUAGCGACAACUGAAAUCCAAAAAAAUCUGGUUGAAAGAGUUACGAACUUGACGAAAUACCAAAAUGAAAAUAUCGAAAGUAUCGCUAGUUUAAAAGGACAGAUGUCAAAUUUCGACAAAUUGCAUAUAUCGAUGUUAGAACUUUUGGAAAACGUAGAAACAAUCGAGAACAAAGUCGACAAAAGUUUCCCCGAGUUCAGGAAAGAAAUUUCGAAACUAGAAAUUCAACAGUCUGAAGCGAUGUCAGCAGUUUCGCUGCUCAGAGAAGAUCAGAAAAACGUAAUCGAUUCCAUGAAGGCGAUAGGAUUUACUGUAUCGAGUAUGCAGGAUAAAACAAAUGAAGACCGCGAGCACUUGAAGAAAAUGAAAGACCUUGUCGAAAAUUUGGUGAAGUCAUCCUCUGUUCAGACGUCCAAGCUACAUGAUCAUAUUUUGAAGGAAGAAUCCAAUUCCAUCAACCUAAACGCCACAAAAGCAACCAUCCACCUCGUCCAAGAGCUGAAAUCUUUCGAGAGCGAAUACAAAAGCAUCGUGAAUAAAUUACCGAAAGACUGCAGCACUGUGGAAGGUCCCCCCGGAAUCUACCUCAUCUCUCCCGGAGAAGGGGAACCAAUACUGGCACACUGCGAAGACGGCUGGACGACCAUCCAGAAACGAAGCGAUGGAUCGAUCAACUUCAACCGAAACUGGAACGAAUAUUCGAACGGAUUCGGAUCUGCCACUGGUGAGCACUGGCUAGGAAACCGAAACCUCCACUUGCUCACCAAGCUCAACUGCUCCCAGCUUCAAAUCAACAUGAAGGAUAUCUACGGUCAGUACUGGCAAGCCAACUACGCGGAUUUCAGGGUUGCCGACUAUUCCAUGGGCUUCAAACUGAACAUUGGACGAUACGCCGGAAAUGCGAGCGAUGCCCUCAACUACCAAAACACGAUGGAGUUUUCUACCAUCGACAACGACAGAGAUAUUUCGAAUACGCACUGCGCCAGUAACUACGAAGGUGGUUGGUGGUUCUCGCAUUGUCAACACGCGAAUUUGAACGGAAGGUACAACCUUGGUUUAACUUGGUUUGACAGUUCUCGCAACGAAUGGAUAGCCGUUUCGCACAGCGAAAUGCGCGUCAAACGUAGGGACGUCUGUUGAUGACGAACUUUCUUCGAGCAAUCUCCAAAGAUUUCAUUCUAGUGUCACGUAACGAGUCAAAGCAAAUAUAUUUUGUUCCUCAAACAGGUUUGAAAUCCUAAUCUGUUCAGAGUUGAGUAAAAACAUGGCAGGUUGCAGAAUCAUAUUCCUAAUUUUUCGUAAAACCUGACUCGUUCACAACAUGGAAAUUCUCAACAUUGGAUCUCAGCAAGUUUCCACGUUAUAUAAAAAAUAAGUAAAGUUAACAAGCAUAUUGAAUUCAUUCAUACAUGAAGAACAGAUUUUAAUUGGAAAGCAAACUAGACUGAAAACUACGAUAUUUAACAAAGUUUAUGUGUUCAGCAGUAUGUUCUUUUGUGGCCAAACGUGUCUUGUUCUUCAUUCAAUCAAGAUAGAAAAGCUUAACAAAGAAUGAAGAUAGCUAGUUUUUUCGUGAAUUAUUUGACCUGCACUUCAAACUGUGAUCAUCAGAAUCAUUUGAUCACAACUAUUCAUCAUUUUAUCCAUUGAUCAAGCCUUGACAAAGAAAUUGAUUAAUAUAACUCGGCCCUAAACCAACCUACCAACAUGAAUGUACAGUCAUCAAGUUUGUUACCAUUUGAAUCAAAAGAUUCAAGUGAAUAACCCUCUGAUAAUAUGUUCAAUACAUUUACAACAUUUUCAGUAAAACAUUUAUACAGCGCAUCUGAAAUAAAAUGGAAGUAUGCACUUCAGAAUUUUCAAGAUAUGACAGAAUGCCAUGACCAAAUUUGCAGAAAUAAAAAUUAUAUUCUGUCUUUUUUGAAGUAUACAAUAAGUAAUGGUAUAUAUACUGCCACAUUGUGUAGAGUAAAUGUAAACUUUUUUUCAUGAACGAAUCAUCAGAAUAUUUUUACUAUCUUUUUAAAAACUCUAGUACUCGUAGAAAAUUAAUAGGGGGUAAAACACCCACAACUCUAUAAAGAAGUGUUCAGAGUAAAAUAUAUUCUUCAUUCCUAUCGUUCAGG